AUGAGGACUGUGGAGGGCGGGUAUAAAUGUCUAGUGGGCAAGAGGGGUGGGGGAACCUUGUGGGACUCUACAGCAGGCAGGGCGGGGCUAGCAGCACGGUGGGCUUCUGUAGGAGGUGGGGCAGGUGCCCAGUGGGGCUGCACUUCUGCAAAGGGUGGGCAGCGAGGCAGGAACCGGAGAGGGCAGGUGGGCAGAGAGACAGGAACCGGAGAGGGCGGGUGGGCAGAGAGACAGGAACCGGAGAGGGCGGGUGGGCAGAGAGACAGGAACCGGAGAGGGCGGGCGGGCAGAGAGACAGGAACCGGAGAGGGCGGGCGGGCAGAGAGACAGGAACCGGAGAGGGAGGGCAGGCGGGCAGAGAGACGGGAACCAGAGAGAGAGGGCAGGCGGGCAGAGAGACGGGAACCGGAGAGGGCGGGCGGGCGGGCAGAGAGACGGGAACCGGAGAGGGCGGGCGGGCGGGCAGAGAGACGGGAACCGGAGAGGGCGGGCGGGCAGAGAGACGGGAACCGGAGAGGGCGGGCGGGCAGAGAGACGGGAACCGGAGAGGGCGGGCGGGCGGCGAGGCAGGAACUGUCCUCGUUCUUGGCCCAGUGCCUCUGCUGCCUGCAGCCAAUAGCAAGCGGCACGUGGCAGGCAAAUUAA